AUCGCUACGGGGAAAGGGGCAGCAUUAUGCAUACGUGCAAAAUGUUCCGCCGUCAUCCCCAAUCUCACAGAACCCGGCUAAGCGCCCUUUGUGAUGCCAUGCGACAUGCGCAAAAUUGACAACCGAGCCUCAUUCAGGACGUCCUCCGGGCGAGAGUCCAAAACUGGGCACUCUCCCCGUCCGAAUGGGCGGAUCGGAGCACGCAUGCAGUAGGUUCGUAUCUGAGAUAUAUUACAGCUACCCCUGGCGCCUGUCAUCUUGCCUUGUUUAUAUAGACAGUCAGUCGUUGCCCGUGGCUUGUCUUGACAGCCUCACCGAGUCCUCUACCCGGCUCUGCUCUCUCUCGUUCACAAGCACCACUCUCUUUUCACAGUCUCUCCUUUGAAGCAAGUCUUCACACAAUGCACUUCACUUCUCAAACAGCUCUGGCGCUGGUCGCCGCGACGGGUGCCAACGCCCAGCUCCACCAGCUCGCCGUAGCAGCCGGACUCAAGUACUUCGGCACUGCCACCGACAACCCCGAGCUCGAUGACACAGCUUACACUGCCAUCCUCAACGACGCCACGGAAUUCGGCCAGAUCACAGUCGGCAACACCCAGAAAUGGGACACGGUCGAGGCGCAGCAGGGUGUAUUCUCAUACACGAAGGGUGACGUGAUCGUCGACCUUGCCGAGAAGAACUCGCAGGUUGUCCGAUGCCACAACCUGGCCUGGUACAACCAGCUGCCGUCCUGGGUCUCCUCGGGCUCGUGGACCAACGAGACCCUCAUCGACGUCCUCGAGAACCACAUCACCAACGAGGUCGAGCACUACAAGGGGCAGUGCUACUCUUGGGAUGUCGUCAACGAGGGCAUCAGCGACAACGGCGACGGGUCCUUCCGCGACGUCGUGUUCUACAAGGUCAUCGGCGAAGCCUACUUCCCGAUCGCCUUCGCGGCGGCCGCCGCCGCGGACCCGGACGCCAAGCUCUACUACAACGACUACUCGCUCGAGUACUCGGGCGCCAAGACGGACGCUGCCCUCAAGAUUGUUGACAUCGUCAAGGGGGCAGGUGCUAAGAUCGACGGUGUCGGUUUCCAGGGCCAUUUCAUCGUCGGCAGCACCCCCUCCGCGAAGGACCUGGCCGCCGUCAUGGAGAAGUUCACCGCCAAGGGCCUAGAAGUUGCUUUUACCGAGCUCGACGUGCGCCACGCUUCCGUCCCCGCCGACGCUGCCGCGCUCGAGAAGCAAGUGACCGACUACGUCAAUAUCGUGCAGGCUUGCGUGCAGGUUGAGGGAUGUGUGGGGCUGACUUUGUGGGAUUACACCGACAAGUUCUCCUGGGUCCCGUCCACCUUCGCGGGUGCCGGUGAGGCUUGCCUGUACGACGAGAACCUGUCCAGGAAGCCAGUGUGGACCUCCGUCUCCGCCGCUCUGGCUGCUGCUGGCACCGGUGGCGUGGUCCCGUCUUCUUCCGCCGCGAGCACGGCUGCCGCUGUUGCCACUGGCGGUGCUUCGGCCGCUGCCCCCGUUGUCGGCGCCUCGGGCUCUGCUGCCCAGUCUGUUGCUCCCACUGCUCCUGCUGCUGCUGCCACCCAGGUGUCUCCUACUUCUUCUGUGGAGGCUGCCGCUCCCACUUCCACGGGCAAGACUUGCACCAGGAGGACUAAGACCGUUUACGUUACCGCGUCUGCGUAGGACAUACUGUCCUGGGAUCUGUCAAAACGGGUUUGAUGGGAGGCAUUGAUCCUAUCGAACAAAAGCUCAAGCUUGGAGUGUUCUUGUACAUAGAAAUUCUCAAUCUGCAUAGUAAAUAUCUCAUGCC